CUAGCAGAGCGGCUGCAGGCUUCAGCCUAGCACUCUCCUGAUUUAGCUCCUAAAUGAGAACCGUCUCCCAGGAAUGGAUCCCUAGAAGAGGGGGGUUGCACUUUAUUUCAAUACGUUAAAGCGACAGCAGCUCCGGCAACUGACACCUUCCUGACGCUUGGACUGCAGCAUCUGCACACAUGUUGCUGGCUUUCUGUGGCUUCUUCUGAAUUGGGACCAUGUGUAACAGGUAAAGGUCUUAUGUCGCUUACUGGUGAACCAGCCAGUCGUUUCUUUCCGGUCUCCUUUAUUUAUUUGGAAUAAUUCCACAUCGGUUGUUUUUCUUUUAAAAUUCUUCUACCUGUUGGGAGUACGUUGUUUUUUGGAUUAGAGAACCGAAAGAAUGGAGAAGAAGGGCAACAGUUUUCGAAGGCUGGGGAGGUUCUUCAAAGGCCGUUCCAAUGAGACAGAGAAGGGGGGCAAUGAGGUGCCAUCACAAAAUACAAGCCCACCUGGGGUGGAAACCACUGGACCUGGUGAUGUAGCCAUUCCUAAGGAGCUCUCUGGAUCUAAGGAGCAAACCUCACCGAUGCAGACGCCGUCAGAGGUCAAGAAGAAACCGUUUGGAAGUUGGAGAAGCAGGCGGAAAAUUAUGAGCGAUGCAUCCAUCUCUCCUCCUUCGUCCCCGGGUCCCAGUGACAAAUCGUUUGACACGUCUGAUGUUGAUCCAGAAUAUAGGCCACAUUCAUUGUCUUUAAUUUUUGUGGAUGAUAAAGAGACCACCGUUUCCAGUGAGAGAGACUCCCAUGUUGCUGUUCAGGAAGAUCUGGAUAAGUCUAAAGCAUCGCCUACAGAGUCGCCCAAGAAAGAUGUGACAAGAAAGCCCGUCUUGGGAAAAUUUGGAAACCUUUUUAACACCAGUAAAAAAAAACAAGGCAAAGGCAUCGCUGAGUCUCCAACAAGCCCUACUGAGAGGUCAGUGACUACAUUUAAAUCAGAAAAAGAGGUUGUAAAAGAACGGAAGAAAGUGAUCUUAGUAGCCUCCUCUUCUAAAGUACAAACACAAGCACGCAGCUCACUUCGCGUUGAACCUGCAUCAGAUCAGGUCACCCAGCCCGUCUCAGAGGACUCUGCACUCCCUGUAGAUCAAAGUGAAAAGACUACAAAUGGUAAUGGGAAUAUUGCCCUUACAGAUAAGAAUACAGAAAACACACUGGUGAAAAAACUUCAGCAAUCUGUAAUUGAAAGAACUGCCGUUCAGACCGAUACGUUUUCAAACAGAAGUGAUAUAUCUGCACAGAACUCAACAUCUAAGACUGACACCCAGAACAGUACUGCACCACUGGUAAAAGAAAUAGAGCAAACUAGUAGUAAAAGUGCUACUGCACCCACUGAUGCACUUUCAGAUAUUAGUCAUAAAUCUGUAGCGAACGUGACACCUAAAGUCAACCGCCAGAACAGUAAUGGGAAAAACGUGCAGAACUUAACGCAAUCCCCUGGAAGAAGAGGCUCUACGGAUGGAGAAACCACUAAGACCAGUGUGAGGAGACUUCAAGUGUUUUCACAAGAAACAAACACUACCAAAGAGGAGUCCCCCAAAAUAAUGCCAAGAAAGAGUUCAAGGUUCUCUGGCAAAGUCACAGACUCAAAAUAUAAAAUAUCAGAUAAACCUAUUCAGAAAGUGGGGAGCACAGAGAAAAUAAACUCCACAAAGUUACCCUUCCAGGUUACAUUGCCAGGGGAUUCGCAAGACCAAGGGUCAGCACCAGCUGAACAGAGUCUGUCUCCAGACAGCGCAGGUGGUAGGAGUAUUUUAAGGAGAAGAGCAAGUAGUGGUGACCUCUCACCAGCUGUCAGCCCUUCAGAAGGUGACAUAUUUACAGGAUCUUUGCAAGACAAACCAAAGAAUCAAAGUGCUAAUGGGCAAUCAAAUAAUGGAAAAGUUUUAGCAUUUGAUAUUUACUUAAGUAAAACUGGAACAAAUUCUCCCACGACCACACGAAGCUCUACGAGUGGAGAAACAAUGGAGAGAAACAGUCCCAGUAGCAGAAAAACAAACCGGAAGCGGCGAUCAUUUAAAUCCCAGAGCAGUCAGAAUGAUGAGAAGAAAACUGAUAACAUCGUUCCCCAGGAUGAUGUUUUUGAUGAGGGUAGCUUUAAAGGUACUCAGGAAAAAUUAGUCAUGCCUGAUAGUAACGUAAAACCUGCUCCUCUGUCACCCGAGUCUAACGGCACUGUAUCAGCCAACCAAGAAAUAAAGGCGGGAGCUAAUCCCAAACUCUCGCCCAAGGGUGAUUCAGACAAAGAUAAACAGCAACACCCAGCCUCCAGCCCUGUGAAGAAAAAAAAUCCUGCUGCCUGGGCUCCCUCUUCUCCAACUGUUCGCAAAGCACAGAGUAGAGAUUUUGUGUUUAGAAAUCAGACUGUAGCAGCUGCUGCCAAAGUAUCUGAGUUUAACCAGCCUGCCCUUGUUUCUACAACAAAAGACGCCUACGUGGAAAAGGCAUAUGUGCCUGGAUCCUUAACUGGAAGCGGAGGGGAGGAUUUGAAGGAUACUGUACGGGACAUAAGUCCAACAGCAGCAGGUGUUCUCCCACAGGACAGGAAGAGCAUCCAGGGAGUGCAGGCUCAGAGCAAGACCGAAUCAGACAAUCCUAAAAGGUUCCAUUCAGAGGCAGUAAAAGCGAAUGUUUCUUUCAAUGACCGCAAUAAAUCGACAGUAACAUCUAAGCUCAAUAUCCCACCAAAACCAAAGAAUGUGGAACUGUCAGUCAAGCCAAGGGUUGUUGAUACUGUAGAUGAAUCUUCAUUUGAAGUGCAAAUACCCAAAGGGAACAUUGCUAGCAAGGUUUCUUUAUUCGAGAGCAAGAAAACAAGCCACAGGCAAGUUGACUUUUAUGCAACAAAGAACAUUUCUCAGCCAAAGAAGUUUGUGGAAAGAGCCAAACUGAACUUUGGAAAACAGGUCAAAGGGAAUGCCUUCAAAGACAGCAGCUCAACUGUUAAAUCAGCCAGUGAACCUCAUUCUUUCAGUAACAAAAACACUGAAAGUGGCCAUGGUGUAGUAAAGGCAGACAAGUCUGCCAACUAUAAGGUGAAUUGGAAACAAAGUGAAGACAUUUCUCAGGCUCAGGAAAAUCCGAUGCCGAUGGAAGACAGUAGAAAUGGUCUGGAAACGUCACCAGGAACCAUAAACUCUCUACAGGAAAGUAUUUUGCCUUCAGCAGAAAAUGAACAACACAAGGACCAGCCUACUGAAUUAGCCAAUGGUGCUAUUCCUGUAACUCAAGGUAUAACAGACAGCAAUGAUUUAGAGUAUACAAUUAAUGCAGAGGAGUCUUUGCUACAUUCUUUACAAGCUUCUGACGAUAGUUUAGACGCGAAUACAGUUGUGCUGAAAAAUAGUAGCAAUUCAAACCUAGACCCUGGGCAUAUAGAAAUGGGAAAUAAACAAAAUUCAUUAAAACCGCCUACUGAGGCUGGUACAGCAGAAGAGCCCGGCAGCUACCUUACUAAAGAUUCCACAGAAUUAACUUCUGACCAUGUAGAUUCUGCUGUGACGGUUACACUACCAUCAAGUACAGACAAGCUCCAGGUCAAUGGUAGUAAAGAAGUCAAUGAUACAGAAAGAGCAUCUGAAGAGCUUACACUAGAAGAUAAAACCAAGCCAACUGAUACAAAAAUAAGCAAAGAAACAAUUAAUUCAGAAGACAUCAUUUAUAACAAUGUCAAUGUGGAUAUGCCAAACCGAGAUGUACAACUGCCAACAUGUAUAGAUAACAGCAAAUCUGAUGACAAUUUUGUGGUGCCUGUAGACUUCCCACAGAGUGAAAUCAUGAAUGAAGACAAUCCAGAAAAAACAAACCAAAUAAAAUCGGAGGAAGUACAAGUUAGAGAAGAAACCGUAAAUAACCUCUCUUUAGUCCAAGAUGAAAUAGAAAGCAAACCCAGUUCUUUAGUUUGUAAAGAAGAAAGAUUACAAACCACCUGUCCCACUGUUCCAGAUGAAGUUAUUCAAGCUGAUCAGAAGGAAUCCAUCACGGAAGUAACUCAGAAUUCCAUAAUUUACUCAGAUGAAACCAGUAAUGAAUUUGAGGGAGUAAAUUUAAUAGCUGAGGCUAUCCCUUUGCUAGCGAAUGAAAAUAACCUACCGAGUUCUGCCAGUAGUCAGAAAGACAGCGAAUCUUCAGAUGUAAGUAGCCAUUUUGUAGAAGAUAACCUAUUUGCCAGUGCUGCCCAAAUUGAAGAUGACCAAGCUAUUCUGAGUAGCAUUAUUGCACCACAGGACCAGAUUAAUGGCUCUGAUGCCAUACAGGACCAGAAGAGUAGCAGUGUUGUGUCACAGGAGCUGGACAAAUGCAGUGUUGCAUCAGAGGAGCCCAACAAAUGCAAUGUUGCAUCACAGGACCACAUCAUCACUGUAGUGGAGGAGAAUGUGGCUAAUGGUAUUGUCACCUGUUCAGAUGCCACAGCGGAAGCAGAGUCUCGGCACACUAGCAAUGAACAUGAAAUGCCAACACCUGUUGUUGAACCAAAAGAUGAUCAUUCACAAAAUACAAUAGAACUGUCAGCAAAUAUAAAAGAUCCAAGCAUCAGUGAGCUAGAUGUUGCUGUGGCUGUGGACCAAAUAACAGAAGACUUAGAAAAUAUUGACCGUGCCCAUUUGAUCACAUUAAACAAUGCUGAUGUGAAAACGGAAGAAAGCUUUAGCACAAUACUAAAUAAUGAUGUUGCUGGUGCGAAUGAGCAUGUCUCUGUAGUCACCACAACGAAUACAUUACAAAAUGGUUGCCUUGAUGAUUCAUAUACCACCAUCCUCACCGAGAAACAAAUGCAGCACACAGAAAACGUGCAGAAUUCCCCAGGAGUACAAAAAAGUCCAAAAUCCAGUUUUAAUGCCUCAAUAGGAGAGGACAGUGUUCUAGAUUCAUCUUCGGACAUGGAAAUGUUUGCUGAAACUAUUCGAAAGUUGGACAGCCCAAUCACUUUGCCUCAGAAAAGAAAGAACCCCAGAGCUCCUAGGUCGCCAGGUGUGUAUUAUGGCCUUCCCCCUAUCCAUGAGGAUUACAUGGAAAAGAUAUUGGACAAUGACGCAUUCUCUUUUGGCUUGGGAAAGAAAAAUAGGCCUAGAGAGUUAGCGCCUAUGGCAAUGUUUAAAAUGCAGAGCAAAGAGACUGCCGAGAAACUAAAGCCUAAAAGGGCAUCAGCUGAACAGAGCAUGCUUUUGAAAUCUCUGAGGUCGCAGAGAGAACCACCUUCAGUGCCACAGGAAACAUGUGACAAGGAAAAUGCAGAUGUAUCUGAUGUAGCAGUCAAGAGAUCUCGUAUAGAAUCCUUUUACUCUGGCCUGAAAUCACCAUUUGCAGCAAGAGAAGAUAAUGUGUUCUCUCCAACUGUCACCACAGUCAGCACAAUGACUACCUCCUUCGACACACCCAGGAAGGAGUUUACUCCCCUAGGCAAAACCUGUGAUCUGAAAACUACAGACUGUGCAAAGACAGCUCACACGGCAGUGAGGCAAGAUUUAACAGUGCCGUCCUCAGAUUUCCCACAAAGUACUCCUGCAGAGCACUUGCUAUCUACCCCCGUAUGCAGCAUGGACAACCACCUGGGGUCUAAAGACGGUGCACAUGCUGACUUGGCCUUAUCACUGCCUGAUAUCAAUGGCCAGCAGGAGGAAAAUCACUGUACAACUGAUGGGAAAGAAGCAUUACUGCCUCUAAAAAGCACUUCAAAUAUUGACAGACUGGAAAACGAUGUCAAGGACAUAUUUUAUUUUAAGGGUCAGGAUCAACAAUCCUUAGUGCCAAGCCUCCGUUCAGGGGUUCAGUCUUUGCAAGGUGCUGAAAAGAUCAACCCCAGGCCAGGAAAGUUGGUGAUUCUCACAGAAGCUGAGCAUGGAGGUGCUGUAUUUGAAGUGUUUGCUGACAUAGCAGAUUGUACUCCCUGGGAACUUUCUCCAACGAUUUUCAUCAAAACAAUAAGAGGGUGUUGGAUAAUUUAUGAACAUCCUAAUUUCGAGGGAAGAACCAUUCCUAUAGAAGAAGGUGACAUUGAGGUUACUAAUCCUUGGGGUGAGGAGCAGGAAGAAGAAAGUUCUCCUAAACCUGUGGUGAUUGGUUCAUUAAGACAUGUGAUCAAGGAUUACAGAGUUUGCCAGAUCGACCUGUUUACAGAUCCUGGAGGUUUAGGAAUCAUGACAUCGUAUGCUGAUGAUACAGAGGAGCUGCAAGAGUAUGGCAGGCUGCAGGGAACACGUUCCGUUAAAGUGCAUUGUGGAGUAUGGCUAAUCUAUGAGGAAUCUGGAUUUCAAGGAAUACCCUUUAUACUGGAGCCUGGAGAAUACCCUGACCUGUCAUUUUGGAAUACUCAAGAGGCUUACAUUGGAUCACUGAGGCCUUUAAAAAUGGGAAGCCGCAAAGUUGAAAUCCCCUAUGAACCAAAGAUAAUUAUUUUUGAGAAACCCAUGUUUGAAGGAAGGCAAGUGGAGCUGGACAAAGAAACAAUGACAUUUGAGAACCUUGAAAUACCAGCAGGAUCAGGAGAGGAUGUAGGACUUCCCUUUUCUACAGUUGGAUCUAUGAGGGUUCUUAGUGGAUUGUGGGUUGGCUAUGAGAAGCCUGGAUUUGAAGGUCACCAGUACUUGCUGGAGGAAGGCGAUUACGACGAGUGGAAUAACUGGGGAGGCUACAAUGGAUUACUGCAGUCAUUACGUCCAGUUUUAUCUGACUUUUCAACUCCCCACAUGAUAAUGUACAGUGAGAAAGACUUGGAUGAAAAGGCAGCAAACAUCAAUGUCCUGGGGAUCAUAGCAAAUAUGGAAGAGACAGGUUUUGGAAUGAAGAUACAGUCUAUUAACAUAUUAAGUGGCGUAUGGGUGGCUUACGAAUGUCCUGACUUUACGGGGGAACAAUACAUACUGGAAAAAGGAAUGUACUCUAACUUUAGUGACUGGGGAGCUAAGAGCUGCAAAAUCUCUUCUGUACAGCCAAUUCUUAUGGAAACCCUUGAUAGUCCAUGGGGACAUUUUAAGGUCGAAGUGUUUUCAGAACCUGACUUCCAAGGUCAAAAUCAAAUAUAUGAAGAAGAUGUGAAUAACAUAGACGACUCUUUUAAAAUAAUGUCUUGCAAAAUUUCUUCAGGCAGGUGGACUUUGUAUGACCAAGCAGACUUCUCAGGCAAUCUCUGGGUAUUAGAAGAAGGCACCUUUCCCAAUUUAUGUGCUAUGGGAUGCCCACACGAUACAAGUAUUAGGUCUUUAAAGAUGAUAGCCUAUGAAUUUUCAGAGCCGGAUGCAGUACUUUUUGGAAAGGAAAACUUUAAAGGUAGAAGAGUAAAAGUUAGCAAAGAAUCAACAGAUCUGCAGGCAACAGGCUACUCCCCCGAUUUAAUGUCUCUUGAGGUCCUUGGAGGAAUAUGGGUGUUUUAUGAAUACGCUAAUUACAGAGGUCGACAACUGUUAAUUUCACCAAGUAAGAUCGCACAGUGGCGGCAGUUUAGUGGCUGGAAUAGAAUCGGAUCACUACGUCCCCUUCGACAGAAACGAUUGUACUUUAAGCUUCGAAAUAAGGAAAGUGGAAUGAUGAUGUCAACAAAUGGAAAUGUAGACGAUGUCAAACUUUUAAGGAUACAGGUUAUGGAGGACAACGUAGCUGAAGAUCAGAUCUGGGUUUAUCGAAAAGGAGUCAUUAGAUGUCGAAUUUCUGAAGAAUGCAGUAUGGCCAGUGCAGGGAGCCUGAUCACCGCUGGUAGUAAACUUGGCUUCAGUCUGGAUGAACCUGGAACAUCACCAGUUCUUUGGAGUAUCAGUCCUGAGGGCAGAAUCCACAGCCGAUCAAAGCCAAAUCUAGUUUUAGAUGUCAAAGGGGGCAAUCAGUAUGAUCAACAACACAUUGUGCUGAACCCAGUAACAGAAGGCAAGCUCACCCAGCUGUGGGAAAUAUGUGUUUUAUAAACCGAUACGCUGUAAAGUGGAUAUUCUUGUGACCCAAGGCACUCAUUGUUCAUUCUAUGCGUUGGCUGCCUGCACUGCUGCUAGGAAACCUGUAUCCUGAGAAUCAUGACAUUCAGAGGAUGUUUACAUCACCAAUGAGUUUGCCAUGGAGUCAACUGGUUUUACGUUCAAUGGUUCUUCGAUUGCCUUCUAUUAACUUGUAAAGCCUGAAGCUUGUGCAAUAUUCAAAGGAACUUCAUUUGAACCUUUAGCAUAGUCAAGGCAAAAAAAGGCCUACCAUGUGGAACUUGGAUGUGUUAUAGUGACUCUUGUACAUAGACUAAUAAAAAGUGAGGCAACUUGCAAACCUUCACUACAAACACUUGAUUAUGGAUCUAUAUGUUGUCAUCUCAAAGUGAUACCCGCACUGUUUUAUUGGUACCCACUCAGUUUGAUGUCCCCUUUAAGGCCAUUAUCAAAAACCAAAAGUAUUCAGAAGCACUAAGCUACCUAGACUACAAACCAAUUCACUGGAUUAUCUGCAUAUGUACAAAACUUCUAUUCUAUGUGACUCUUUUCCUGUUUGCCUUGGCAGAUUUCUAUGUAGUUGUACAAUAUUACUGGUCAGUCAGGUGCUGUCUCGCGCAAACUGCUGAGUGUUUUACGUAGAAAAAGUCAUAUUUAAUGGGUGAAUCCUUUUUGGCAAAAUGUAUAGCAUUGGAGCAGUGCUCGUUGUGGACACACAGAGAUUUCACCAUCAUCCUCAAACACACAAAGGGUUUCUUUUUAGUAUGUUCUAAUAGAAUUAUCAAACAAGCAUAUGUAGGUCCCACCAAUAAAUCUUAGAUCAAAUCUGAUAUAUUUGCCAUGCAUGUGCAGCUGGCAGAAGAUAUCUUGGACAUGCCACUGAGAAUCUCUUUCCUCGCUUCUCAACUUUUUCCAUUUGUUUCCCAUCACCAUCUUCAUCAAUUAACGCCUUGUUAUCCUUAGUGUGUCCCAUCCCCUUGUUAUACACCAUCUCUGAUCCCUGCUGCCUCCUCUCCAAUCCUAGGUGCCUUCCCUGUGUGUACAAUAUGCAUCAUCCGUUUUAAACAGGCAUUCUCGUUACACGUGGUCAGGAGCAUGUUUUAAAGAGGCACAGCACUAUUUCUGACCACAAAAGGGGGAAAUUUCCCAGGAAAAAAAAAUACUCCUGAAUGAUUGGAUGUUUUUAUGUAUUUGUUUUCAUGCAUCUUUCAUUCAUCACUACAGAAAAUGGCACAAUACCAGGAGCUGCUUAGUGUUUGGGUAUUAGUGAAAUACAUUACUCAUUUUUUUUACUUUUGUUCCUGGGAACUUACAUUCUAAUAUAGCCUAGUGGUACAUUUGUUAAAUCCUUGCACAUGUGUUGUUGUUAUGUGUGGGUAGGAUUACUGUAAUACAGAUUGUUCAUUGGUUAAGAUAAACAUUUUGAUAAGGACUUUUGAAGAACUGUAGAAGUAGCCACGAGCGGAGAAUGUUGAUGCCAUCGUUUAAUGUAAUUUCUCUGUUGAUUGCAUUUGCAAGAAAAAAGCUCGAGUAAGCUGGGUAUACACAUAUCAAAAUUUGGCGGGUUCAGCAGGAUCUGGAUGAAUUUCGGUACAUUUUGCAGCCCUGUCUGUUCGACUAGUCUAUUUUUGUUAAACGAUCCUGCUGGAAAACCAGCAUUCGAUCCGCCAUUGCAGCCAAUGGCUGAUCAGUGAUUCUUGGCAGCGGGAGUCCCCACUGUCAAAAUACAACAGAGCAGCGGGAGAGAUCCCUGCAUCCACAUAGCUUGUGUGGAUAAAGGAGUUCGUCAUUUUUUUUCUUAAUUCAACUUGCUGGUUGUACAAAACAAAAAAAAAUAUGAUUUUGUGGAACCCGAGCCAGUUGAAAGAAACAACAUCUGUGAAUGUCCCUGUAUAAACAGAUAUUAUCAUUUUCUUUGGAAUUCUACAAAACAUACUACACAAAGAACGUGCUUGUGGUGUGUACCCCAUAAAAGACAAAGUCUAGUUUGGUGUAGAGACAGCUCAUGCAUUCUCAUAAAAGAUGCAAAUUGCUCUCAUUUAAUGAAAACUUGUAUCUUGCUAAAUGUUCUCCUACUAGUGACACUCUUCCAAACCCGGCACUUUAAGUCAUGCCCAUACUAUGCUUUCUCUGGUGGAAUUUCGGGUAGAAUACAAGACAGGAAAGCAUUCAUAGAAUUAAUAUAAAUAGGAAAUGUAUGGGUGCUGAAUAUUUAUGGAAAAGCUCACAAGCAAUAAAAGUAUUCAGUAUUUCUGACCACUGGAUGUUAAAGCUUUAUUUUAAGAUAUUUUAAAAGAAAAUAAUAUAAAUAUGGCUUUAUUAAAAAAAAAAAAAAAUACCUUCUGUGCCUUACAUGUUUGUCGUUAAAAGGUUUACUCUUUUUUUGUCUCUGGACUCCUUUAUAGUUGGUGGAUAUUUUUCUACAAUCCUUUUUUUGAAAUAUAAAUAAAACAGAUUUUACCUUUGAA